UAGAUGCAAGAUAUUCCCACUAAAGCAAAGAAUCUAAACGCUUUCCCGACCUUGAUUUUCACUCCUGUUUUACCAAAAAACACAGUUCUCGAAUCUUCAAAAAGGAUCUGUCUUCUUACAAAGUUCAACUUCUCCUUCACACUCCACAACACAGUUCAGACUUCAUAGCUUCACACCAAAGAAAGAGCUGUCUGCAAGCCCCAGCAACAGCGAAGUGCAUGCUUUGAAAGCAAAGGGAAAAGUGCAAUGGAUUGCUUCCUUGUGAGCUGAUGAAUGGUUUCUCAUGUGGAGACUUGCACUCCUCCUUUACUUUUUGUACAGAGCAGUGAUUUUCAAGGCAAUGUUUGUCGAGUCCAGAGACAAUGGAAACUAAUGGUAGCAGUUCUAAUUCCAAUGAAAGCCAACCUUCAGGAGGAUCAAAUAAUUCUAGCAUAGAGAAGCCUAAUGAGAAAGAAAUCUUUGUUAAUCACGCUGAGAUAGCUUGGCAUGAGAAAAGAAGAGAAUGGGUUGGGGACCAAUCUCAAAGAUCAAGAAGAACGCCUAGAGAACCAAUAAUGAGCUGGACCACUACAUACGAGGAUCUGCUUUUAUCUACUGAACCUUUUCAGCAGCCAAUACCGUUAGCUGAGAUGGUUGAUUUUUUAGUUGACAUCUGGAAUGAGGAAGGCCUUUAUGACUAAGUUAUUGGAACCUUCUAGUGUUCUUAAGAAUUUUGCACAGUUUUAUUUGUGCGGAUUGAUGAUGAAGCAACCCAUAGGCUAUACAAUUUUUUAUCCCUCAAAUUGAUCUAAUGGUGGUACAGUUGGUUUGCCUGUUCUCAGUUUACACUUUACAUAAGUCAUGCACAGAUAAUUUGGUUUCAGAUGCCAGUAACAAUUAGAAAAUUGUAGUCUUAGUUUGGUUCCUGUCAACAGCUAAACAUUUGUGUAGUUAACUAAUCAGUUCUGAAGUAAGAUUGCUUCUAAUUUUGGGAAAA